UUUGUCAAUAUUACACCAAAUCAGAAGAGAAGAGAGCCUUAAUAAAAUGGCAGAGUACUUGGUUACUGGAGGAACCGGCUUUAUAGCCUCUCACGUCAUCAAGUCACUUCUCGAAUUUGGUCAUUACGUAAGAACAACUGUUAGAGACUCAGGAGAUGAAGAAAAGGUUGGUUUUCUAUGGGAGUUAAAAGGAGCAAAAGAAAGGUUGAAGAUCUUCGAAGCCGAUCUAACGGUAGAGGGAAGCUUUGAUGAUGCAGUCAACGGUGUUGAUGGAGUCUUCCACAUCGCAUCCCGAGUUUCUGUUGGUCGAGACAACAACAAUCUGGAGAAAUUUGAUCCGAAUAUAAGUGGAACAAUGAAUGUGAUGAACUCUUGUGCAAAGUCAAGAAACACUGUGAAAAGAAUUGUUCUCACAUCUUCUUCAACUGCGAUACGGUACCGUUUUGACGCUACACAAGUCUCUCCACUUAACGAGUCGCAUUGGACUGAUCUUGAAUACUGCAAACGCUUCAAAAUUUGGUAUGGUUAUAAAAAGACUUUAGGGGAGAAAGAAGCUUGGAGGAUCGCAGCUGAUAAGAAGCUAAACCUAGUUGUUGUAAUCCCAUCAUUUUGUAUUGGUCCAAUACUUAGUCCAAAACCCACAAGCUCCCCUCGAAUUGUUCUGUCCAUUAUCAAAGGGACUCGUGGAGCGUACCCUAAUUUCAGGGGAGGGUUUGUGCACAUAGAUGAUGUAGUUGCUGCACAAAUCUUAGCAAUGGAAGAGCCUAAAGCAUCAGGAAGAAUCUUAUGUUCAAGUUCAGUGGCUCACUGGUCAGAGAUCAUUGAGAUGCUAAGAAUCAAAUACCCAUUAUACCCAUUUGAGACCAAGUGUGGUAGUGAAGAAGGGAGAGAUAUGCCUCAUAGCUUGGACACAACAAAGAUACAUGAACUUGGCUUUACGUCAUUCAAGUCAUUACCUGAGAUGUUUGAUGAUUGUAUCAAGAGUUUUCAAGACAAGGGUCUACUCUGAAACACAAAUGAAUCAAGCUUCUAUUU